AUGCAACAAUCUUCUCGCCCAAGCUCUCUUUCCAUGAACAUUCGCGUUAAGCAUCCCAUGGAUGGUCCCAUUUUUUCUCCCAUGACUUAUUGCAAUCCUUACAUGCCUCCUGUUCCCACAAGCAUUCCAAUGGGGAUUAUGCAGUCGCAUAUGAAACCAAUGCAUGUAAAUUUCUCACAACUACCCUUCCCGAUACCGUUUACUGUUCUAGCCCAAAGUGGUUCGAAUGAACAAGCGAAUAUAUUAGCCAAUUUUCGCAUGGAUACCUCUCAGCGGCCUCCUCAUCCGCAGCCGUCCUCCGAUACCGACAAAAAUAGAGUCGACGAACUAGCGAAUUUCCAGGUUCUCCCACAUGGUUACUGGGAUUAUCGAGCUAUGCUUAUUCAUAAUAUGCCCUCGUUAUACAAUGUUUCUGAAUUCUUAGACCUCAAUCACUUUGGAACCCUAGAACGUAUUGUCCCCCUAUAUGAUCAAAACCAACUUUUCCUUGCUUUCCUUUCUGCUGCUGAUGCUCUUGAUUUUUAUAACACUGUCCGCUAUACCGACUUUACCUUUUUAAAACAACGUCUCCUUGUUUCAACCAUUGAUCCCAUGCCUUUGGAGCCACAUAUAAUUGACGCCUGCAACCGUGGUUUUGUUAGUAGAAAUGUUCAAAUUUCUGGACUUCCUUCUGACUUUAAUGAAGCUCCUUUAAUUCAAUAUGUAUGCUCUCUCGGUAAAGCUGAGCUUAUUUCAGUUUGCACCCAAACCCACUCUAUUUACAUCCACUACCUCAGCAUUGAAGACGCUCUUAAUUGCAUCAAUUCCGUUUUGUUGAACCCUUAUUAUAGUUAUUUAAAUUGUUGCUGUUUCUAUGAAAGAUGCGACCGCUACUAUUACACUGAUUAUCAGGUUGAAAAAGUGGAAGCUGGAUUCAGUUUCUCGAAUCCCCAAGCCGAAAUUAAUGCUCACAAGUCCGAUAAAACAAGUGGUGAAAAGAAGGAAAAACCACUUCAAGUAAAUUCGUCUAUUGAAAACAUUGGUUUGAAACCGGAGCUGAAGCUUAGCGAGACGAAGUCUAAUCCUGAAAGUUCUUUUGAAUAUAUUUCCCAAACACAAGAGUCCUGCAACGUUGAAGCUGAUGAAGAAGAGAAUUCCAAUCCAAUUACCACGACUACUCCCAACUUAAUUUCGACCACUGAUAAAACUGAAUAUUCUUUAAAAGACGCUCCUAAGCAAGAAGAGUUUGGUAACGUUGAAGCCGAUAAAGACGAGCCUCCCAAUCCAAUUGCGACGACUGUUAAACCCGAGUGUUCAUUAGAAGAUACUCCUAAGCAAGAAGAGUCCGGCAACGUUGAAGCUGAUGAAGAAGAGAAUUCCAAUCCAAUUACCACGACUGUUUUACCCGAAUCUUCAUUAAAAAAUACUUCUCAAAAACAAGAUGUCAGCAACGUUGAAAUUAGUCAAGAACAGAUUCCCAACCCAGUUACGACGACUAUUAAACCUGAACGUUCCUUGGAAGAUACUCCUAAGCAAGAAGAGUCCAGCGUUGUUGCACCCGAAAAGAAAGAUUCUACAAAACCAUUACGAACCACAAAAACAAAAUCUGUCCGUAUAUCCGAUCCGGAAGUGAUUCCGUUUGAGAAUCAGAGGCAUUCAAGUCCCAAAAGAUCUGUUACUAAGCAGUUUCAUCUUUCCGAUAAAUCAUUUCACGAAAACCAUAUUAAUAGUCCCCAAUCGAAAGCCAGCAUUUCUCGUUCCGUCCUCGAAUGUCAUUCCAGAAUAGCUGCCUUACAAAAUGUUACCAAUACCUCAACUAUGUCUUCUCCACCGAAAUCAAUUUUAAGUCAAUCCUCCAAGAAAUAUGUUUCUUCAGUUGUCAACACAGAUACAUCUCCAACCCCUCAGAUGUCUACUAAAAGUGAACAUGCACAAGAGCAGCCUAUGUUGCACACGAACCUUAAUGAACCCGCUGUCUUGCAGACCAAUAGCAAAAGUCAUUGGUACGAUGAUGAGUCUUUUGAAUCAGACUCAGACGACGCCGUUAAUCGGUUUGAGGACAUGAUAUUAACGAAUAAAUCUGAAAGCUUUCCCGAAGAUUUACAUAGUAAAUUGAAUUCCUUAUAUCGAUCUGAUAUUGAAGAUGAAUUGAAACAUGAAUCUACGAAAUUCACAGCGGAAACGUUACCCUCUAAUAUAUAUCCGUCAUCCGAUGCUACUGAACAACUUAAUACUUCCCUGAAUACAAUAAUUGAGGAACAAGAACCUGAUACAUUUGAAUUCCUCCAUAAUCCCAGUUCUGUUGCCUCGCUUCCGAAAGAAUUACCCGGUGAUAAUCCCGUAAAUGACCUGGCCAGUCUUACGAAGAUAUCUACCGAGAGUUGUUCUUCAAGAAGCUCUUCUGCCGUUAGUUCUCCGACUCUUGUAGGAUCACCAAUUGAAGCUCCUGCAAAAACCUUUACUGAUCUCUCUGAAAUCGAUAUCAUGUCGAAGCCUUCCAACGAUAUUCCUCUUAUUCCUGACCUUGAGCCAUGUUCCAAAAACCGUACUCUUUUCCUAAGCGGAUUUCACAGAACAACAAAACAAUUUGAAAUCGGUAAUUUACUCAAAGGAUUUCCUCUAGAGGAAGUACGCUUUCUAUCAAAGAAAAAAAUAUGUUUUGUCACUUUUCUGGAGUCUUAUGAUGCAAAACUUUUCUUAGACGCUCAUGAAAAACAAUCACUUUACUUACAUGGUCGCCCAUUAAAGAUAGAAUGGGCUAAAUGUAAUAACCCUUUUACUGAUGAACUCUUGUAUGCUAUUGCCAAUGGAGCUUCACGAAGCAUUUCCUUUGAAAAUAUCCAUCCAAGCGUUACUCGCAGUGACCUUAUUUCCCUUCUUAAAAUAUACGGUCCUGUAGAAAGUUUUCAUUUCUCGAAGCCUAAAAAUGUAGGAUUGAUUACCUACAACAGCAUUUAUUCAACGAUAAAAGCGAUGAAGCAUUUGCAGUCUCAUCCAACUUUAAAAAAAACCAUUCUUAAUUACUUUUUUGAUGAUCAGCACUGCCAAAAAAAUAUGCUCGAAAAAAAACAAUUUUGCCGCCUUGAAGAAACCAAAGGCAACCAUUUUUCAAACAAAAUAUUCUCCGAUGAAUCUCCAAAAAUCAGUUCUUGCUUCGACGCUCUGGGCUCACAUCCUCCUUCUCAAUUGAAAAAUACCAAAUUUCGUCGACCGAAGCACCGUGCAAGCGUUUCUUCCGAAGAGUCGCCCUUAAAAUUUUUUUCUAAUAAUCCUUCAUUAAAUUUGUUUACUGUUUUUUAG